CACCUCAGCACCAGGACAAAUCAUAAUGUUUUCGCCCUAUACUUUUCCUUUUGGUUUCUCAUCCAGGUGCAAGGCCUUUUCAGUCGUUUCGACGAGUUCCGAAGACAGAACUUGGCGAUGGGUGUCAAUAGCAGCUAAGAAACAGAGAUAUUGGGAAGCUCCUUUCUCAUGGCACAAAAGGAAACCUUGGAACAAAGUGAUAUCUCGUCGAUUCACUUUUCCAGUGGCAGAAACCAAAGACAGUGUAUUUACUUUACUGUAACCUACGCUUAAUUGCUUAUUAUUUCUGUGUGUUUGCAUUUUCAAACAGUGUUGUAUCCUACAAACAAUUCUCGAAUUACGUUUUUCCGUCAUUUAUAGUAUGUUUCACAAUCAUAUGGGUGUUUGACCGUCAUCAAUUGAGCUACUAUCUGCUCGACAGCGAUUUGAACUUUAAGUCUUCAAGUCUUCAAGUCUUCAAGUCUUCCAGUCUUCCAGUCUUCAAACCGCAAGAUAAACUUCUCAAGCGCAGGCAAACAGCACUGGAACCCACAGGAUUCAGCUUCUGAACAUCAAAACCAAUCUCCGGCGCUUUCUGAACUUUUCAUUGCAUCUUUUUUCUUACUCGGAAGCUUCCUAAUUCCAAUCACCUACAUUAAAAGUUGAGGUCAAGAAGGCGAAAAUAUAGUCCAUUUUUCAUUACCAAAGACAAAAGCUCCUCCUGAACUCUCCUCAGCAACGUCCUCAAUUUGAUAUUUGGAUGUAUCUUCAAAGAGAUCCGACUUCAAAAUGGUCUCCAAAACCUCGUCACAAUACAUAUUCCAUCAUGUUUUUUUCCCUCCAAAAUUACCGCACGAGGAAGACGGUCGAGCCGAGCACGAUGUAGUAUUAACUCGGCUUUUCUAUGAGGAACUGAUGAACUUUCAUCCAGACUUAGCACCUGAACAAAGAUUACAGUUCGGUCGGGUUAUUGAGAUGGUAAAGGGUAUCGUAUCUGGAGAAGAUGACACUACUACGCCGUCUUCGAAAAUUAUCAAGAAUCUAAGAACGAUGAAAGUUCAAGAUAUCUGUGCCAUACACAUUGAGAAGCAAAAUGCGGGCAUGAUUAUUCGACGAUUCGAGGAGGAAUACACUUUUGAGACUUUCGAGUUAUCUCCAAAGAAUGAAGCGCAUCGCAUAUACGAAGACGGAUUCCAAGAAGCACUAUCUCAAUGUAUCGAAAGCUUAGUGCGAGAUACUCCAAUUAUCGUCCAUUCAAAAAUAUCCAAGGCACAUACAACAGACAUUGAAAUCAGAGACACUGUUGACCCGACACUCAUCACCAGUAUGUUGACCGAAUGUUUGCAUGCUAUCGGGCGCCGUGUCGUUGUUAGGUGCAUUCAAAAACGAACCCGCGACAUCGUUCAGUGGAAAGAUUGUCUUGAACCAUGGCGUCGCUCACCUCGCUACCUUUUCCUCCGAGUUUGUCUCCAAAUUGGACUUACUGGAGAAGAGGGCCAUGAACCAUCGCAUAUCCAAUACAAAUCGUUCAUGUUAUUUUUCAUGUGUCAGAUCUUAAACCGCCAACUAGAGGCUCAAAAUUCCAGAGAAAUCUUGUUCAUUAUGUCAAUGAAGGUACAACGACGUUUACUCAAACUCGGCUCUGCACUUGAUUCCGAUCUAAAAUCUCGAGUUCAGCAGGUAUUGUCCCUUGUGUCAUCCUGUUUAAAAAAGAGUAUUCCAUCACUUCCACCACCACCACGCGCCGACAUUUCUAUCCUUAGACCGCAACAAGGCACGGUCCUCAACUUACAGUCCCUGGGACCUUACAUUGCCAUGAUGUCAGCACGGGGCGAAUCUAACUUGGGCCAUAAAUCUCUUGAACCUCAAUGCUUAAGUGGGGACAUUAAGAAUAUUCGUCUAGGUUUGGCGGACAUAGAGUUGUGGGUUGCAGACCAUCUUCCGCGUUGGCUAAAGUGGUACUAUACAUCUACUCUUGAUUGCACAGUUUUAGCGGAUCUCAUAUCUAUCUACCAGAAGACAUCUGAUCGUGUCUACAAGGAUAUAGCUGAAGAUCAAUCUUUGAAGAUAUUGACGUUGCUAGAUUUGUGGGUCGCACUGGACAAAUGUGUAACAUCCGAGGAGCCUCUGCUGAAGGAUUAUCGAUGCGGAUUUACCCCAGAAUUAUUCGCCCCCCUCUUGUUGCCCACAAAGCCACAAAUGAUAAGGUUGGCAUCCAUAGAAAGGUACAUCGCUGAUAGGAAUGCUGCUUCGGUUGAUGAAAUGCCGUGCAUUUUCUCAAAAAUCAACACUUUGAAUAGUUUUUCUGUACGUUAUUUUGAUAAAUCACUCCGACAUCAGCAUCUACGAGAUCGAAUCAUGGCCGAUGCUGUCGCCGAACACAACGAAAAGAUAUUAGAGCUGAACACUAAGCUUCAGGCUUUUGAGGCCUGGAAAAAGGCGGAUCUAACGUCGGUUUGCGAAGAAAAGGAGUUUCUUGUUGGAAAAAGAGCAAAUCGUCGCAGAAAAUUAGGUCACAAGGCUAAAAGAUGUCAGAAAUGCAUCGCCAAAGCCUGUGCUGAAGAGAUCAAAGUUGCUGUCCACGAGUUUCCUCUUCCGGAAUCCGAAUUAGAAGCAAAAUCGGUAGUGUUCGAACUCGACGUCCCUACCAUUAUUUCAAGCUGGCGGGAUAGAACCUAUAGUCUUCUUGUAGAUACAUUUUCGUCAACGCCGAGAGCUUUAGGUAGCGUUGCUUAUUAUUAUUUUGAUAAGAGUCCCUUGAAACGUUAUGUUCAGAAUAGCCACGGCAGACUUCGAGUAGGAUCACAAUUCAAGCCAUUUAUUGUUUCUCAUUACAAACAAAAAGCCAUUUCCUUAGCUACAACAGAGAAUAUUCUGAAGACUUGUGGCUUGAGUUUCAACGUUUUAGAUUUUGAUGGAAACUAUGGAACCGCAAUCGCAACGAAUUUUCUAUCACUCCUCGAUAUUCGAACGUCUUGCACUAUGGUGCUUGCCCCUGCAUGCGCAGAAUUACAAUACUCUUUGGAAAGUACAGCGCAUACCACAAACGAAGCUCUUGCCAGGCAGAUUCAUUGCCCAAAUACACUGACUUUGUCCGGAUAUUACCAAUUUACAUCCCUUAGAUCUGGAUUCCGUCUUCUAUGGAUGAACAUCUUGCGUGAAGUAGAAUCUCGAGUACUAGAUUUGAAUCGCGAGGAAUCCUUUCAAUUAAUGGCUCAAGCUGCGUGGCAAGCCGGGCCUGCAGAUUAUAUACAGUCAAUUAGAGAAUCACACUCAGACCUUGAUGAUGAAGCGUUUGGAGUACAUCUUUUAGAGGCAUUGAACAGGCUGGUAUCAAGCUUGGAGUCAAAUUGGCAAGGUGGAGGAGCCAUUAGAAUUGUUACAAUGCUUGCUACCCGACUACUUAGUGUAUUGUCUCACGAGAACGUUCAAGAAGACUGUCUUCAUCUAAUUCUACGUAUUCGAAUUAUUACGAUGACGUGGACCAGAGAUAUUGUCAACUUACUCCAUGAUUGCGAAGAAGAAAAUAAGCUCCAGUCACUUGAACUACGCGCCCUUGAAUUAGCACUAACAUGCAACGGCACUUUUGAUGUCGAUAUACACCAUCUCAAGAAGAUUCUAGAAUCUGUCGAGAGUCGGGCAAUUUUUAUCGAAUCUUUGAUAACAGUUCAUGAUCGAAGUCCUAUUUCUAUCCAUAGCCUCACUGCUGUCACUCAAAUGUGCUUGAGGCGUUUUGAUAGAAUUACCCACCGUGCUGAGCGAGUUCUUCGUGACAUGGUCACUUGGCAAGCACAGGGUAUCGAUACGACUAUUCAAUAUCUUUGGUCAGGCUACAAACCGGGGGUUGGAUGGACAGCACUCAAAACACCGAACGAAAGAUGGCUGAGGACAAGAACGGCAGAAUCCAGUGGUCAAUUGUCACUAUUUGUUGACUUCAACAUAUUGAGUGGAGAGUUGCUCAUAAAUGGAUCUCCCCUGGCUCGUCUACCCCACAACUAUGUGGAACAUCCAACAUACAAGCGGCUCUUUGGAAAGCUGACCUUUGCGAUGCAAAAAAUGCUGAAAAUUAUUCCAUCAACAAUGCCUGGCAUGGCUUUCGAGAAUAGGAAAUUAAUAUGCGAGCAGCAAAUUAAUUUUAUUAUGAUAGGCAACGAAUUGAUCGUUCGUACUCGUGGGAAUGGUGAAUGCUUUGAGGUUAUUCCUAAGCGCAUCUUAAUUGUCGAUUUCACGGAUGCGUUCGUAGAGGACUACUUUUUCAUGCGGAAUAAUGAAACAGGAAUUAUACAAUUAAGGCCAGUGGAAAGCCCAUGGAUGUUCCCGGAGAAUGGCUGGCAGAUCACGAAUCUCUCACAGCAAUAUUAUCAUCUGACGAACGGUUCGAUGACUGCAGUCGACGUCCGCAGUCGAUCGGCCACUGCUAUAUCAGAGAUUUUGAGACCAAUAGAAAGACUAUGUUAUAUCAAUAUGAUAGUCAACCAACACAGCGAACAAUUGGAGAUUCGCCUUACACGUUUUAAUCUCGAUUUCUACCAAAGUGACUGGAGGCUGACUUCAAAACAAUUUCGUGGAAUUUUCGUGGAUGAAGAUCAAAAUAUAGGCACUUUUACUGGUUUAGUCAACAAGCUUGUUCUAUGCAACAGUGAUAAAUCAACGAGAAUAUUCAUCAUCCCAGAUGGGGAAAUCUCUUUCACACCAUACAAGGACCAUGUUAAAGUGGACAUCAGUCUAGAACCAAAGGACUUUCAUGCUUACCACGACUACAAAAUCGACACUCAACUUGGUCGAUUAAUUGAUAAUGGAAGCCUUCACACUCGCCUCUUUAAAUCGUAUCUUCAUGCGCUAACUUCAGAUAUCGUCCCAGAUAAUCUCACUGGAAAGACGGGCACAGAAGAGGCGUUAGAGAUAUUGUCUUCUGCAGCUGUUUUAUCAUUCUAUACACUUUCUUCUCGGGAGAUAGAUUUGCUUUUGAAAUUAAGGGCGUUAUCCCCGAAACCAGCUUACUAUCCGAAGAAUAAGAAAUUAAUGCAAAGUGUUUCAUGGUCACAAUUACCGACUUUAUCACAGCAUGAAGGAUUCAGCACAAAAUUUGAAUGCAUUUUUACACAUGCUAGAUCCUUAAUAUUGUUUCAAGACAAGUCGGAAAAGCAGGCAUACAUUCCAGAACCAGAUACCAGAGGUGCGCUUACCCUGAUUUAUAUGGCGGCAAUCAGAAACUCCUUUUGUUUCGUUGAUAUGUUCGGCGCCGAAAAGUUCACCAUCAGCCAUGAUAAAGAAUAUGACUCUCGCGAUGGGAAUUGUGACAUGGACCGACGUGCUGCAAUUUAUGAUAUCGCAAGACUAGUUUCUUCAUGGGCCCAAGAUCUGAAUGUUGCUACAGAUUUACGAGGAAUCAUAAAAUCCUCGACCCGCCCCAUCAUUGGACCUGAUACCGAUUCAAUGACUGUCCUUGGUUAUGACACUCGAUGGUUAGAUGCACCAUCUGAAUUUCUACCUGAACAUUGGUUUGCGAUCUAUCAGAUGCUUACAAGUUGCAAUGAAGAUCGAGACAAGUAUAAAGUCAUGAUUUUUCUUUCAACAUUAGUCUUUUCUCGAAAGAUAGACCAAGUGUUUGUUCACACUCUUCUUGCAUUUGCCACCAAUCCUUCAUUACGCUACAUAAAGCUUCCACGAUAUCAUUGCUUCUCUCUUUCAGAGGGGUUCGAACCCAACGAGAAUCGUUUGGGUGAUAUCAUCGCUUCCGCAGUUAAGAGCUACGAAAGAUCCUCAGCAAGUAUUGUGAACAGAAAUCAAUCCGAGACGGAGCAUGAAGCCAGCAUUCGUAGACAACUGCUUUACAGCGCCUGUCGAAAAAGCGCUAUCGACAUGGGGGCAGAAUAUUUCAUGAAACAAUGGCCAAUUGAGAAGCCCAUUGCCUUUGAAGAUGAUAAGUUUUGGGCAUAUGUUGAUAUUGUAGAAGCAAAUGCCAGGGUUCAGGGACUAUUUAUGUCUUGGUUUCGAAACAAAGAGUUCAUGGAAUACAUUCGAUUGGUACAAGCAACCCUUUAUACGAUACCUCCAAUGAAGAACAUCAUUCAACCAUGGAAUGACUAUACAAACCAUACAGAAGAAUAUAAAUCUAGAUUGACGUAUAUAUCGCUCAAGGAUCUGUUGAAAAAUAGGGCGCCAUUAUUUUUCAGCAGCAGUCAUCUUUUCGACUUUAAUUCUUUUCUAUCAAACAUCUACAGAAGCCUAGAUGCUCUACAUAAUAUUCCAUCUUUCCAGCUAGAAUCUUCAGCAUUAGCCUGGGAUUUUGUAAACUACAUGUUUGGGUCAAUAGAGAACACUACAAUGCUUCCACGCCUAUCUAAAACCACAAUUCUUUCGCUCAUUGCAGACUCGUACCCUAUAAAGCUCACGCAACAGUGGAAGCAGGCAAUUGUAUAUUUUGGUCUGGCUAUAACUACCCUUCAACGUCUGAAGCGUCUGGUGGCUUGUCGUAGCAAUAAAGCAGAGCUUCUCACGGAACUUUCAAAUCCGGGACAUCGAGGGUGGGACCCGUUGUUACAUCCGGACUGGCUACUACUUGAAUUAGAGAACGGAAUUCUGAUUCGCAAAGACCAGGCUAACAUCAGUAGUGAAAUGAUUGACCCAUCAUCAGGUGCAAACUCUGUCAUGCAAUUGAAUAUGGGACUUGGAAAAUCUUCAGUCAUUGUACCACUUGUGGCAUCUGCUCUGGCAGAUAAGACAAAGUUAUGUCGCGUCGUAGUUCUCAGAGCGCUGUCUAGACAGAUGAGAGAACUGUUAGUAAGAAAGCUUGGUAAUAUGAUCAAUCGGCGUAUAUUUUUUGUACCAAUCUCACGUGGGCUACAAGUAAAUGCUGAAGGGGCAAACCAGCUCCGAGAAAUUUACGAGACUUGCAUGACAUGUUGCGGUGUACUUCUAGUGCAGCCAGAGCAUUUACUUUCUUUUGAGUUGAUGGGCCUUGAGAUGGUACUUUCUGGAGAUCAAGAUGCAAAGGCUGUUGGUAAGGUAAUCAAUGACACCCAAGACUGGCUACUCAAAAAUUGUCGGGAUAUCCUAGAUGAGAGUGACGAGAUAUUGAAUGUACGAUUUGAAUUGAUUUACACUCUCUUGGCAGACAAACGCCUAUCGACUUUGCUCCUCACCGUUGGAUGCUAA